AUGACGUCUCAUCCCCCUCCACCCGACGCUUCAACAUCCACGGGACCCUCGACGUCCAUGUCGGCGCCUUCAGCCGCGAACCAAUCUGCCGAUGGUCCUUCGACACAAGCACCCGUGAAGCGAAACCGGAGGAGCAAUCCCAAGGUAAAGACGGGUUGCGCCAACUGCAAGAAGCGGCGCAUCAAAUGCGACGAGAGGCGGCCUUCCUGUACCCAAUGUGAAAGGAGCAACAAGCUCUGCACUGGCUAUCCGCCUCCUAGUCGCAGCGAUCGGCCGUUGACCGACGUACGCAUUGCGCCCAAGCCACUCGCCACGGCGCAGCCCCUAGCGGUGCAGGGUCACACUCCUGGCAUCGUGUUUCGGGCGCCGACAGUCCUGCCGCCGCGUCGUGCCAACAGGCGGAAACGACCUGUGGUCCCGGUUCUUCACCCAGGUGCCAUAGGAGCCUCGCCCAGCGUCUACCAACCCUCUUCAGGUCUACAGUUCGUCAACGCCGAAGCUCUCUAUUUCGAGUUGUUCCGCGUCCAAACUGCUGCAGAGCUGUCGGGCUACUUCAACUCAACGUUUUGGGCGCAGCGUGUCUUGCAAGAAUGCCACGCAGAAAAUGCCAUCCGGCACGCGGUGGUGGCACUCGGCGCUCUUUACAAGACCCUUGAGCAAUCGUCUCAGCCCGCGCCUGCUACACAUGCGGGCAAGAUGAACCGGAUGGAGUCUGUCGUGGCCCACUGGCAGGUUGCCGUCAAACAGUAUUCCGAGUCUUGCAAUGCCAUGCUCUUACUCACCGGCGACAAUCUACGGUCCUACAGAACCCGGCUCAUGGCGAGCGUCUUGCUCGCCUGUUUCGACUCCUUCAUCGGCGAUCACAAGCAAGCAAUCGUUCAGAUCCAAACCGGCCUCAGCUUGUUGGAGCAAUUGCGCUGUCAUCCUCACCAUCAAUCUUCAAAUCUCAACGGCCGCAUCGAGGAGGAUCUUGUCGUCAUCUUCACCCGGAUGGCAAUCCAGGCCAAAUCCUACGACAUGGCCUUCCAUUUCCCACAGCCCUAUGUCAUUCGUCUUGCCCCGCAGGGUCAAUCUACUGCGGGAUCGACGGGGUCGUCCGAAACAAGCUCUCCGGGCUCUUCCCCAGAGGCAUGCCUACCAUAUCGAUUUGACUCGGUCUUGGAGGCAAAACUAGCGUCCGACAAGCUCUGUGAGAAGCUCGUCCGCUUCAUUGAGCGCUUGCAAAUUGCCAAAAACAAUCCUAGCAACGUGCUGCCGGCGUCGUGGAAACAGUACGGCUUAAGCUUCAAGGAUCAGCUGGAUGCCUGGUCCGAAGCCUUUGAGCCGAUCUUUCGAAUCCGCCACGACCCUGGCCUCGAUCACCUAGAGCGCUCGGCUAUCUCUGCCUUGAAAAUGUUCCAGAUCAACACGAACAUCUUGUUCAUGAUGAUGUUUUGUGACACCGAGGUGCAGUUUGAUGGCUUUAUGCCACACUUCAAGGCCAUUGUCGAUCUUGGUUGGGAGGUUGUUGGGGCGGACGAGAAGCGAGCCGCCGCCAAACGUUGCCCCAACCCUGACCUCUGCCACCAUCAGCAUAACCUAUCCAAGGGCGCAUUCAGGGCUGGCAAAUUGCCCACGCAUCACAUUAAGCCCAGCUUCUCGGCCGACAUGGGCAUCGUACCGCCACUCUUUGUUGUGGCUACAAAAUGUCGCGAGCCGCGCCUUCGUCGACAAGCCAUCCUGCUUCUGAGGAGCAGUGCCAGACGGGAGGGAAUGUGGGACAGCGAACUGGCCGCCAACAUCGGCCAGUGGAUCAUGGAGGUUGAGGAGUUUGAUGAGACGACGCCUCCGGGUACAAUGCCCACGCGGCCGAUCCCUGAGGAAAAGCGUGUCAUGGUUAAGACGGUCGACUUCGACCUCAGAGCCCGAUUUGCCGAUCUGCGCGUCGGUACGCGAGCCUUGUAUGACGGAUGCCCAGAUGAUCGCUUCAGGAAGACGCGCAUCACUUGGUAA